UUUAAGUAGCAUUGCAUCAUCAACAUGACGUAUCGAAACUGUGUUUUACCGUGACACGCAUGAUAAAUUAUUAGCAACAAAAGUCUCAAUUGUGAAGCUUUUAUGGUGAUACGAGAUCAAGAAUUUAGAGUAUUUGUAUGGAAUAUAAAAAAUGGCACCCAAAAAUAAAGAAAAUACAUCUGGAAAUAAGAAGAAAAGACAAAUUUCUGAAGAAGAAGAUGAUGAAGAUUAUCGACGGCGCAGAGACAGAAAUAAUCAAGCUGUAAAGCGUUCUAGAGUUAAAAGUAAAUUACGUACACAACAAACAUUAGAACGUGUAAAUCAGUUAAAAACAGAGAAUGAAUUACUUGAGGAAAAAAUUAAGAUGCUUACAAAAGAAUUAGGAUUUUUGAAAGACCUUUUCCUUGCACAUGCAGGUUCUAGCCAACAUUCUGUAAGUUUUCAAGAUGUAGACUUAAAUGCUCUUUUGGCUGAAGACACAAAACCCGUGGAACAGGUGAAAGAGACAUCUAAGCCAUAGGCCAGAAUAAAUUCCACGUGAAACAAGUAACGUGGUAUUGAUCAGAUCUGAGAUGAAGAUGCACUUUGGUUCGUCUAUUUCUAAUAAAAUGUCAGACUUCUUGGAAAGAUGUCUGCUUAUAAUCGACUUUUAAUGAAUUUAAAAUGCAUGAUAUCUUAGUGUAUGCAGGUCUUUGCAUGUGAAAUUCAUUAUUAUUGGAAUCUCAAACACUAAAUGAGACAAGCAACAAAAUUCAAAGACUAAAAAGUUGACAAUGCAUGUAGAGAUCAAAAUUACUCUCAAUGGAGGAAAUGAUAUGUUACAUAAAGAAACAUAUUGUAUUUGCAAAAAAGAUAGGUGAAUAACAAGGCAUGCGUAUAAUACAUUUAAGUAUGUUUACAGCAGUAAAAAUUUAAUGAUUCCACAAAAAGAAAAUAUUUUGAUAAUAAAUUUACAUGUAUAUAGUAAACUCUUAUUUACUAUAAUGAUAAAGAUAAAAUUCUAUGAGUUACAGUUGCUUUAAUAGCAUUAUUUUAAGCAUUCCAAUGUAAUUGAGUUUUCGAUAUUUACCAUUAAAUAUUUUAUGCAACUGAAAUAUUAUAUGGAGGAAGUUUUAUAAAUUAUAAUAAGACAAAAAUUUAUUUUAAGAAACUAUAUUACUAUAGAAGAUAUUUAUUGUUAUAAUGUUUGUGAAAUGUCAAGAAUUUAAAAUUAAAUAAAUUAAAAUACCCGCCA